AUGGCUACUUCUGAAGGAAUUUCUACGUUUCAAAACCUUUUAUACGUAGCUGAUCAGCCAGUUGAAAAUAUUGCAGACACUUUUAAAGGUUUAGUGCCUGAACAGAAAAGGUUUGAAGCUGCUUGUACGUUAAUGGCGAUGCUUGAAGAUGGCGACCUACAGGCAAACCAACGAAUUGUUGCCCUUUAUAUUCUAUACCAUUUAUAUAACAUCGUUCCUAUCCAUGAAAAUCCAUUCCUUUUGCUAUUUCUGAACCUUUAUAAAUCGCUUUUCUCAAAUCUUGCUUUUGUCAAAGCUAAUUAUGAUUUGUUGGUUGAAUUUCGUGUGGAAGCCCUAAUUUUAGCCGACAAAGGAGCUCAGUUGGCACAUAAAACUCCAACUGAUAUAUUCUUUCAGUUUUCAAACACCGAAAAUUCACUAAUGGAUACAGAGGAAGUCAACAUUGCGAGAUUUGAGCAUUAUAUUAAACUUGAAUUUGAUUCUUGGACUGAAAUUGGUGAUAAAGAAGUCAGAGAAGUUUCAUAUACUCCUCCUUCCCAAGUUUCAGUAAUAAAGCAUGAGCCUCAUCCGCUCGAGGUGGAAAUGGACUAUAACAUGCUGGCAGACUUAGAUCGCGAUGAAGUCCGGUCUUUGAUGAAUAGAGCGUUGCAAGGAGCAUUGUCGAUACCGGAAGAGGAGUUUAUAUUAAAGCAACUUGAAAAGAAUGAUAAGCUUAUCUAUACUUGCGACUUUUCUCCGGAAAAGCUUCCUUUCCUGAUCGAAAACAAUUCAAGAGUUGCCAUAAAAGUAUUAUUACAACUUAAAUCGUCACCACAGAUUGAUCAAUAUUUGGAGACGCUUUUGACUAUCGACGAUCCAGAGCGGUCCCAGCAGUCUUCCAUGGAACCGGUUAACAGAAUGAGAUCCUCAAUGGAAGUGGUUAAUAAUCUUUUAUCGUCAUUCCCACUCACACCAGAAUUUCUUCACUUUUAUCUCUCCAAUUGUGUACGUGCUUGUGAAGAAUGUCGAAAUAGGAAUAUACAAGAUCGUCAAGUUCGUCUUAUCUGCGUCUUUCUUCAGUCACUUAUUCGUAAAAAUAUAAUAGAUGUUAACAGAUUUCUUAUUGAGAUACAAGCAUUUUGCCUUCAAUUCUCGAGAAAUCGAGAAGCAGCUAGCUUAUUUAGGUUUUUACUUGAUUAUCAAAAGGAAGCAGUUGCCGAAGAGGUGGUUGUUUUAAGUGACUUAUUGAAUAGCAGUGAUAUUAAUGGUGAGAACGGUGACCAUUCGGGAAAAUGUGAAUUAUCAUAG